UGUAACGAAUUAAAAAUAAAAACGUCAUCAUAAAUUCGCGCGCCUUGUUCAAUUUUUUUUCUUUUCUUCUUACCCCCGGUAUUUUGUAAAUCUAAAGUGCCAGCCUACUGAGUUUCAAAGACUUUCGAGAGGAAAUCAUACUCGCAUUACUUUAGCCACCAGCAUCAUUGUCUGUUCGAGAUGGAAUCCAUCACUCCGGUAGUGGCUGCAGCAGCCGGCAAAGUCUACAUCAAGGCUUCCACGCGCGUGGGGCGAGGGGUUCCUGAGAUCAACAGUGAAUACGAGAAGAAGUGCUCCUGCCGCCGAGACAAGACCAUCGUGUUCUGCCGCGCUUGCGGAUACUAUUGCAACGGCCGCAUUCGCAUCCCAUGCUCGGUGCACCCACGCGUUACAUUUCUGCUGGACAUCUCGGAGUGCCCGCGGUGCCACUCCGCUGUGUUCCUGGAUGAACAUCACUAACUCAAUGUCACUUUUGUUAUGAUUGAUAUCUUUGUGCCAAUUAUUAGAUUUAUAGAGAUUACUAGGUGGUAGGGAAGUUUAUUGUUGAUUUGUGUUUUGCCUUUAUAUUUUAUCAAGACUAGAAGUCAUUUUUAUUUUGUUUCUAUUGGAUAGCUUCAUGUUAAUUAUAAUAAGAUUAAGAAGAAAAUAAGCACCUCAGCAAAUGUUGCAUUUAUAAGACAAGUGUGAUGAGGAAAAUUUGUGUUAGGUUUUAUAUGCUUUUCUUCUUUUUAUAUGCAGUGACUACAAGUCACUGUUUGUUACUAAAUUCCUGUUUCAAAGCUUCACAUUAGUUAUUAUAACAAAUUACUUAAUGGUUAUCUUCUAUUUUAGUUGAUUAUAGAUAUUUCUUUGUUAUUUUAACUCUGACCCAUCAAUAUAAUGGUUGUGUCAAGUUGGGACUUUAAUUUCACAUUACUGGUGAUGCCUUUCAUUGCAAGACUGAGCUAGUUGACUAAAAGUAUACUGUUGUCCUUUAUAAUAAUAAGAUAUUUGUUACAGAAAGUGAAUUGUUGACUAACACAUAAAGAUGUUAUGAUAGUACCUAUUUAAGUUUGAUUUUGAGAGGUGUUGUAAAAGUCUCAUUACUGCUAUAAAAGCUAAAAAAUAAACACUCAAGUUUUCUGAUGAAAACCUAUAGUGGUUUAAUAAAUUCAAACUUUUAUAUCAGUAAUUGAGAGUAUAUUUUUUAUCAUGUCUGUGUCAUGACAAGUUGUGUAAUGUAAGAGAAAAAGUAAAUUCAAAUUAUUUAAUAUA